UUGUUUUUUUUCAAUAAUGCCAAAAUCGGCAUCAUUUGGCAAAUAUGAAUGCCCUGAUACCAAAAAUUUGUAGUUAAUAGUCUCUACAUUCAUAUCAGGAUCUUGAACUAAUUUUAGUAAUGUAAGAGCCAUUUAUAUGUUCCUGUUUUGUCCAGUACAUGAAUCUGAGUAUAAAAUGUGCUUAUAAUGCACGACUUCCUCUUUCAAGUGCUUAUCAAUGCAAGAAGCCACAUUGUGAGAUCCUCGACCGCCUGUUGUUUCAUCAAUCAUACAUGUGCAUAAAUCCCGUUUGUUUAUUAAAAGAAUGAAUGCCCAGGUUAUACAAAUACAUAUACACUCUUAAAGGCUACUGUAAAUAUUUCAUUAAUUUAUGACCACUUUCUGAAGGAGAAAGUAUAAAAAAAGGUUGUUACCCCCAGUGUUCCGAUCACUAAAAAAUUGACUUUAGUAAGUAUACUUACUAACGCAAAAAAACGAAAACAAAAGACAAAUAAAACAUAAGAUGAACAAAACUUUAAUGGACUAAAAAUUAAAGAGCUUUUAAUGUGAGAAAACUUAUGUUCACGUCUCAAUGCUAACACAAUUAAAGAAAUAAAUUCUGUACUGCAUUACACUAACUUUUAUUUAUUUAUUUGUUAAGUAACAUAUUUCAAUCUUCUGACGAUGUUGUUGUAUAGUUUAUGUUGUCUUUUAAUCAUUAACUAAAAAUCACGUCUUUCCAACGUAAAUCAGAUUUGCAAAAUAUUUGUCAACUUUGAACCCUCAUAACUCAAAACUUGUCCAAUGGACUUAUUUCGUUAUUGUACUGAACACCCCACAUAUCAAUUAAUAUCUUAGGCAUUCGGUUAAAAAGGAAGAAGCGUAUAUGUCAACAUUUUUAUGUAUAUCUUAAAUUGGGGUGAUCUAAUUAGGUGUUGGUAAACAAAAUUGCUUUCAAUUAAAGUGUUUUAUUAUUUUUUAGUUUUAUUUCAGUCCCACCUACAAAAAUCACAUACAACACAUGACUUACGUCAAAAACCUGCUGCAAAAUAUUACAAAAGCAGGUGGGAGCAAGUAACAUCACUCGGCUGACGGAUAUCAAACUCUAAUAGUGAUUUUCCCGUAAUUAUGUUGACUGAAGAGUCCAUCUCGCGUUUUUACCAAAAACCUGGUUGUACGAGUGCGAAAAAAGCCGAACUCCUUUUGAAACUCCAGGAGAAGAAUGAGAAAUUGUUCGAUUUGGAAACCGAGCUUUGCUACUACGUUGAAACAACAGCCCCCUUGUUGCCCAAUGACAAGACUUUGAUCAAAUGGCUCUUGAGCGACCCCUUCCAGCCCGACAAUCUGUCCGAAACGCCUCACUUGUCGGAAGGGGACUCAAGUGUGAUUGUGGAAGUGGGGCCCAGAUUUAGUUUCUCCAUCGAAUCGACGAAUGCUGUUUCCAUUUCACGGAAUGUGGGGCUGUCGCACGUGGUGCGAGUGGAAGUCUCGAGACGGUAUAAACUUGUCUUCCAUGGGACUGUGUCCAAAGUUGACGAAAUUGCGUCGGCUUUGUACGAUCGCAUGACUGAAUGUCGCUACACGCCUGAGAGUUUUCCCAAGAUGAGUUUUAACGAGAAGUUGGUCAAAAAGGAGGAUAUUAGGGAGAUUGAUGUGAUGAAGGAGGGCGAAGUCGCUGUUAAAGAAAUAAAUGAUGACCUAGGUUUAGCUUUCGACGAUACCGAUUUGAAAUACUAUACGAAUUUGUUUAAAAAUGUGCUGGAACGAAAUCCGACCAAUGUUGAGCUGUUUGAUUUGGCGCAAUCGAACAGUGAACACAGUCGGCAUUGGUUUUUUAAGGGAAAAAUGGUUAUUGAUGGAGUGGAACAUAAGGACUCUCUUAUUGACAUGAUUGUCGAUACACAGAAUCACUCCAAUCCGAAUAAUGUUAUCAAGUUCAGCGACAAUAGCAGUGCUGUGAAAGGUUACGUCCAUCGCAGCCUUCGCCCCGUCACCUUAGGUACCACCAGCGAGCUUCGCGAAAUCAGCACCGAAUCUCACCUAAUUUUUACCGCCGAAACGCACAAUUUUCCCACCGGUGUGGCCCCAUUCAGUGGCGCCAUCACUGGAACCGGUGGCCGAAUCCGCGAUGUUCAGUGCGUCGGACGCGGCGGUUAUUGCAUUGCCGGUACAGCCGGUUAUUCAGUCGGUAAUCUCAACAUACCCGGUUAUAACCUUCCAUGGGAAGACUCCAAGUACGAAUAUCCGAACAAUUUCGCGCCCCCGCUUGAAAUUCUAGUCGAAGCUAGUAAUGGAGCUUCCGAUUACGGAAAUAAGUUUGGAGAACCGUUGAUUAGCGGUUUUGUACGGUCAUUCGGAAUGGUGGAUGCAGCAGGAGAGAGAAAAGAGUGGAUCAAACCGAUUAUGUUUAGUGGAGGAAUCGGGACAAUGGAAGCCAACAUGACGGAGAAAUGUCCCCCAAAAAAGGGGCACCAGAUUAUUAAGAUUGGAGGACCAGUUUAUAGAAUUGGAGUAGGAGGAGGAUCCGCUAGUUCAGUGGAGGUCCAAGGGGACAAUAAGGCCGAACUUGACUUUGGCGCAGUGCAGCGAGGUGACGCCGAAAUGGAACAGAAACUGAAUCGAGUGGUGCGUGCGUGUCUCGAAUUGGGAAAAGACAACCCCAUUGUCAGUAUCCACGAUCAAGGCGCUGGUGGCAACGGAAACGUACUUAAGGAACUCGUUGAACCAGUUGGUGGUAUAAUCUACGCCAACAAAUUUGAAUUGGGUGACCCCACUAUCAACGUCCUUGAACUAUGGGGCGCCGAAUACCAAGAAAACAACGCCCUCUUGUGCGAAAAAGAAAAUUUAGAACUGUUGAAAAACAUAUGCAAACGCGAACGAUGUCCAAUAAACAUUGUUGGUGAGGUGACCGGAACCGGAAGAGUCGUUCUGGCCAUGGACGAAUCGCAGAAAGUCGUUCCGUUCAAUUUAGAAUUGGCGCACGUAUUAGGGGAAAUGCCACAGAAAGUGUUUAAACUGGAACGCAAAACGCCCCUUCUUAAAGAACUGACACUUCCCGACGCUCUCUCGAUUUACAGCACAUUGGAGCGCGUCCUGCGUUUACCGUCAGUGUCCAGCAAACGCUACCUUACCAAUAAAGUUGACCGUUGCGUUACCGGUCUCAUAGCUCAACAACAAUGCGUCGGUCCGCUUCACACCCCUCUUGCCGAUGUUGCCGUCACUGCAAUUUCUCAUUUCGGUUACGAAGGUAUAGCGUCAUCUAUCGGUGAACAACCAACCAAAGGACUUGUGAAUACUGCAGCCGGUGCUCGUAUGACAGUCGCCGAAGCCCUCUCGAAUCUUGUUUUCGCACUAAUUAGUGACAUUCGUGACGUCAAAUGCAGUGGCAACUGGAUGUGGGCGGCGAAAUUGCCAGGAGAAGGCGCCGCCCUCUACGAUGCUUGUAAGGCCAUGUGCGAUAUCAUGUCAGGCCUUGGAAUUGCGAUAGAUGGCGGUAAAGACUCUCUAAGUAUGGCGGCGAGAGUUGGUAGAGACAUUGUUAAGGCACCCGGAACUUUGGUCGUUUCGACUUAUGCUCCAUGUCCGGAUGUCCGGAAAGUAGUAACUCCGGAUUUGAAAGCACCAGCGAUCGGAAAAGUUGGGCAUUUGUUGUUUGUUGAUUUGUCGCAUGGGUAUAAUAGACUAGGUGGCGCUGCAGUCGCACAAGUUUUUGGACAGUUGGGCAAGGAAAGUCCCGAUGUGGAUAAUGUAGAAGAGUUGAAAAAUGCAUUUAUCGCAACGCAGAAAUUGAUAAGAGAUGGCGCUAUUCAAGCCGGACAUGACGUCAGCGACGGUGGCUUGAUUGUUUGUUUAUUGGAAAUGUCUUUCGCUGGAAUUAGCGGAAUGGAAGUCCAAAUCGGUCACAAACAAGGAAAGACAAUACCGAUUUUGUUUAAUGAGGAAGCGGGCUGGGUUUUAGAAGUGUUGGAGGCUGAUUUAAAUCAUUGUAUGGAUGUUUUCCAGAAACAUACAGUACCAGUCUACACAAUCGGCAAAAGUAUCGGUUGCGGAAUCGAUUCGAAAAUCAGAAUUUCAGUCAACAACGCAUGUAUCGAAAGCACAGUGUUGCCACUCAUGCGCAUGUGGGAGGAGACUAGCUACAGAUUGGAGCUUUAACAAACGACCAAAUCGUGUGCCGACUCUGAAUACAACUCGCUAACAUCACGAAAACGCCCUGUGUAUAAACUAACUUUUGACCCGGACGCAAAAUCUGUCCUUAAAAAGUCGACACUUGUGAAAGUCGCUGUCUUAAGAGAGGAAGGUACAAAUGGCGAUCGAGAGAUGGCAGCGGCUCUAGUUCGAGUGGGAUUCAAAGUUUGGGAUGUAACGAUGCAAGAUUUACUUAGCGGAAAGGUGGAUUUGGCCCAAUUCCGCGGGAUUGUAUUCCCCGGAGGUUUUAGUUAUGCCGAUGUUUUGGGCUCGGCUAAAGGCUGGGCUGGAAGUAUCCUCUUCAAUAAAACAGUUAAGGAGCAAUUUGACCGGUUCUACGCCCGGUCUGAUACUUUCAGUCUUGGUGUGUGCAACGGUUGCCAACUUAUGGCCAUGAUAGGGUGGGUUGGUGAACUCAGUGCUGACAACACUCCGAACAUUGUCCUUAAACACAACGUUUCCGAACGAUUCGAAUGUCGGUGGAGUACAAUCCGAAUCGAAAAAUCCCCCGCCAUUAUGUUGAAAGAUAUGCACCAGUCUGUCUUUGGUGUGUGGUCCGCACACGGUGAAGGCCAGUUUACUUUCAAAAAUUCGUCGGUUUAUGAUGAUUUGGUUAAGAAUCAUUGCGUCUGUUUGCGAUUCACAGACGACGAGGGGAAUCCCACUGAAACGUAUCCAAUGAACCCCAACGGCAGCAUUGCCGGUACUGCAGGGAUCUGCUCAAAAGGUGGCCGCCAUUUGGCCAUGAUGCCACAUCCUGAACGUUGUGACCAAUCGUAUUUGUGGCCAUACAUGCCGCCAAGUUGGCAACACUUCCAGAAAAGCCCCUGGGAAAAAAUGUUCCGAAACGCUUACGAAUGGUGUUGCAGUUAACCUUUUUCCUGCGGGAGACUUAAGCAGAGGACCGUCUCCAUACCGUGUUACGCAGCAAAUUAGACCUUACGUCUUGCAGUGAUAAAAGUAAUGUUUUUUAUGUUGAAAUUAAUAAAAAAUCUUGUUAUUUUGUUUA